AUGUUGCUUGAAAGACAGUUGGCUUCUCUCUCAAGAAUAAGGUCCCUCGGUGCCAAAUACCAAACUAGAAACAUUAUAACGUAUCUCCAUUCAGGUUCAAGAAUUCAAGGUCUGAAAAGAGAUCCUAAGACGUACUUAGUUAACCCUCAUGGAUUAUCAUAUACUGAAGUUGAUGGCAAAGCCAAUGCCACAGAUUCUAAAUUUUUCAAUGAUAUUAAUAAGAAAUUAAAUUUGGAAAAUUUAAAUAUUUCCAUACCAAAUAAUAUUCUUUUACAAUGUUUGACUCAUAAAUCAUUUGCUCAUGGUACAAAACCUUAUAAUGAAAAAUUAAAUCUUUUAGGAUCACAAUUCUUGAAGUUUAGAGCUUCAGUUUUCUCAAUUCGAAGUAAUACUGAACAGAAUAUUAAUUUAAGAGCAUUGGGAACUCCCUUUAAUAGAUCUUUGGUUUCGAAAGAUACUCUAUCGACAUAUAUAAAAUCAAUCGGAUUGGAAAAAUACAUCUUUUGGAAGAAGAGAGAUUCAAACAGUAUAAUCCCCAUUGAUACUGAUCAACAAAUUGAUACUUUUAAUGGGGAAGCCACUGUUUUAUCUACUAUUUUGAAUUCAAUCAUUGGCGCCAUAUUGAUAACUAAUGGGGAACAAAAGACUAUUGAAUUUAUUAAUACUCUAUUGCCAUCUUCAACGACAUCCUCAAAAAAAUCUCCAUCUCUAACGACUCCAAGCUUGAUUGAUAUUACGAAUGAUAUGUUUAAUAAUACAGCUCAAAAUGAGAAACAAGUAUAG